AUGGAGCAACCACCUUGGUUUGUUGCUCAGGGGAAGUAUAGAAAAGUUUGUCAUCUUAAGAAAUCUCUGUAUGGUCUAAAACAGAGUUCGCAUGCCUGGUUUAGAGCUGAUUGUGCAGGACUCUCCUCUCUCAAGUUAUCUACAUACCAAAUUUCACACAAAAGACUUGGACCAACUAAAAUAUUUUCUGGGAAUAGAAGUAACAAGAUACAGAAAAGGGGUUUUCUUAUCUCAACGAAAUACAGGAGAUUAAUUGGGAAACUAAACUAUCUCACAGUGACCCGUCCAGAUAUUGCUCAUGCUGUCAGUGUUAUAUUUUGUUACUUGAAAAGAGCUUCUGGUCUUGGAAUAGUGUACAACAAUCAUGGACACACUUGCAUUGAGGGACUUAUAGAUGCUGAUUGGGCCGGAUCCAAAAUUAAUAGAAGGUACACUACAGGAUAUUGUGUCUUUGUUGGUGAAAACCUUGUGUCCUGGAGGAGCAAGAAGCAGAAUGUCGUAUUCAGAUCCAGCGCAAAAUCAGAGUACAAAGCCAUGGCAUAG